AUGGCUAAAAGACAAUCGGACGAAAAUUUGCCCCUACACAUCGGAGCCGAUGAUUCAACAGACAAUGUUACCGAUUCUUCGGUGUACAACCAUGUUGAUUGUGUAAAAAGUGGAAAUAACAAUAUAAAACCAAGGAAAAAAAUUAAAUACCUGAGAAAAUCUGACAGUAUUUCAAGUAUGGACUCCCGUUUAUCAAGAAAAUCAACAACAGAGGAAGACAUAUCAGUAAAUCAAGACAGCGUAAACAAUGCUGAUAAUUUAAAACAUGAGAGUUUGUUAUCUAGCGGCGAUUUAAAAUUAAACAGACAAUUAAUUUUUACAAUACUAGGGAAAUUAGCAUCAGGGGAUGGGAACAAGGAGUCAUCAAAAGUAGUUGAGUCCACUGAAAAUCCAGAAAAUAUCGAAAAACAAAUUGAAAAGGAAUCAAAUAACAUGUCAAAGGAGAAUAAUCACAUUCUUGAGAAUACUGAUGAUCAAACAAGCGAGAAAUUGACACCAUCCAGAAAAGCAGACUACGUACACACGCUUUUAUCAGGAAGAAGCAGCAUGGAUAAUUCAAUAAAUAUACUAAACAGAAUGACAAUGAAGACGGAAGACAACACAGUUGAUUCAGUAAAAGAGCUUGAAAGGGAGGAAAUCGCGGAAACAAGUGUAUCGGAUAACGAGGAAAGAAACGAAGAUAUCCUAAAGAAUUUGGAAUCAGAAGAUUAUGAAAACGAAAAUGAAGAGGAAAGAUUGAACACAGUUGGAUCUAGGGAGGAGGUGAGGUCAAUAAAUUUGGAACAUGAAGGCUCAGAAUUCGCGUACCCGAACGAGUUAGAUACAAACAAUUUCGAAGACACUGAAGACGAGUACUAUGACAACGAAGAAAACGACGAGGAGGAUGACAACACGGAAUUAAUGGAUCAUGAUUUUGCAGAGUUUAAAGAGAAGACGGGACUUGACAAACUGUUGGAAAUGUAUAGAAGGUUGUAUAAUAUCUAUGAAAACAGAAUAGUUAACGGAAAUGAAAAGUUGAGAGUGGUAGUAAGGUGUAUACCAACCGCAAGAGAAAAUAGAGUAAUCGAAUGUGAAAAAUCAUGCAUAAAGCUCUUGAAGCCAGGAAACAAGGAUAGCGUGUUUAAGUCGCAGAGACCAGGAGUGUACGAGUUUAAUUUCGACUACAUAGUGCCAGAAGAUGAGACGACGGAGCAGUUGUACAACGAAAGCUGCGGAGACCUGGUUGAAAAGAUACUGUCAGGAAAAAACGUAACAGUGUUUGCAUACGGAAGCACAGGCUCAGGAAAAACGCACACAAUAUCAGGAGAUGAAAGGAGCAAAGGAUUGGUGUACCUGAUGAUAUCGGACCUGUUCGAAUACAGAGGAAGCGAAAGUGAAGAUUUCUACUUUUCUUACUUCGAAGUGUACAACGAGAACGUGUAUGACCUGCUGGUGGAGUCGGAAAGGAAUCUGAAGCUGCAGGAAGUGGAAAAUAAAGUGUUCGUUAAGGGACUGACGAAAGUAAAAAUGAGAAGCUACGAGGACUUCGUAAAGCUGUUUGAAAUAGGAAGCAGAAACAGAAAAGUGUUCAGCACUAACGCAAACAGAAGCUCAAGCAGAUCACACGCAAUCAUGCAAGUGCAGACGAGCAAAAAGUCGAAUCUGACGCUGAUAGACCUGGCAGGCUCGGAAAGAAUGAAAAUCACGGAAAACAAAGGAGAAAGACUGAAGGAAUCGUCAUACAUAAACCAGUCGCUGCUGGCACUGAUCAACUGCAUCAACACACUCUCAAAAAAUUCAAAGAGCAUGAGGAACGGAGGGCAGGAAGGAGCAAUGAAGUGUACGAGAGUGAAGUACAGAGAUAGUAAGCUGACGCACCUGCUUAAAAACUCGCUCACGAACAACGGAUUCAUAAUAAUGAUAGCACACGUGAACCCGGAAAGCAAGUACUACCAAGACUCGUACAACACAAUCAAGUACGCACUGAGAGCAAAGAACGUGGAGCUGAAGCAAGCAAUAUCAAAAGGGAAGUGCGGAAAGGAAGUCAUCAAGAAUUUCACGAAGGAGCUCUUGUAUCUGGUGAAUAUAAUGAAAAAUCAAAUGAACGAUGAGCAGCUGAAGCAAAUCAGAGACGACAUGUGCAAGUCGAACCUGAUAGGGCGGCCAAUAUUUGAAUGUCUAUAUAUAGGACAACUGUCAUUAGAAUCUUUUAAUGAACAAGUUAUACAAGCGACAAUUGACAAAUGUUCACAAACACACAAUCCAAGGAUAUUGGAAGCAAUAAAACAGAGUUGGACUGAAAAUUUGAAAAAGAGAAUUAAUUCACUAAAAACAGGAUCAAAAGCACCAAAACCGAAAUUAUCUAAAUCAGUUAAGGACCUGUUUAAGCAAAAUCAGGGAGAUAAGGAACAUGAAGAAUCAGAUGAAGACGAGUUUCUGGAUGCGGAAGUAGUUUCAGCAAAGGCAUCGUCGCCCUCAGUAUCACCCAAAUUGAGGCCAAUGGACAUGAAAACAUUGGAGAAACUGAAAGAAAGUGAAAAGAAGCCAAGCGAGAGUAUCGAAGAAUCAAAAGAAGCAGAGGAUGACCCAGAUACAGAGUUGAGCAUAUCUGAAAUCAGCGAUUUGGACGACGACGAACCAGAAACUAACGACCUAGUUAUCGGGAUGCUAGACAAGGUUACGAGACCAAGCAGUAAGAAGUUCGGGCCGCCACUGUGGAAGGUGAAGCUGAAGUACGGAAUAAUGCAAGUGAACAACGUGGAAAUACCGUUUGAUACACUGGAAGGAGAAUUUGAAUUUUAA